CAACAAUCUCAGCAUUGCAUAGUACCUCCGUCAAGCUAAUUAUUUCGGUCAAGCCUGUAUCUAUAGGAUCGUGCGCUACUCGUUUCUGCGAAGACAGCAAUGCCAUUUGCCAGGUUACCGUUGCAAAGUAGGAUUUGAAAGGGGGGUGGGACGGCCGCAAAUGUUUAUGGGAGUAAUUUAAACGAAUUCUUGAAGUCUUCUGUCGCUGGCCAUGUGAGGCAACACAGAGCGUUCACCUGAAUUGAGCACUGAUGCACCGGACAGACACUGAAGUCGUCUACAAUCUAAACCAACAUCAAGUUCAAUUGUUCUGGACGAAUGGUCAGGAACAAGAGGUGGAGGGUCAGUGUCAAGGUGAUACCAUCAGCCGACACUCCUGCUCUGCUGCAGCCAGGCCGCAGAUUUGGGAGGAACCUAGGCAGCACUGUGGCAACAUCUGCACCGAGGGGACCCCGGAGGCCGGCCAGCGCCCUUCCAUCCUGGCGGAUCCCUGCAAGAAACACAGCUCAGCAGGAAGAACAGCAGGAUGGCUUUGCAGAUGGAGAUGGAGAAGCCGCUGCUGCCUAUUAUCAGCCUCCGCCCUCACGCCGGCGUCUGCGGAAACAGGCAGCUCAAGAGGAUAAUAGACGGCUGCACCAAGCAUGGGAUGCGUGCUUUGAUGACAAUGUAUUCAGGAACACAUGUUUCCAAGCUGGUCAGCCUGCACGCCAAGCAGCACUGAAGCAGCAGCUGCAGGCAGAGUUUUUGACAGCUGCCAGAGCAGCCCUGCCCGCUUGCAGUCCAUGCAGUCAGGCUGGGAGGGUGGGAUCAGUGUGGGAGCAGGUGGAGACGAUCAGCAGGCUUGUGUAUGUCUCGAUCAGCGGCAGGACAGAGGUCAGCCCCCCAGCAUUCAGGUGUGGCGGGUGCAGUGCCGCCUUCACAGUCGAUCCUGUGAGCAUGGGAUGCUUUCCUGCAACGCCACAGAGGGUUUAG